AUGGCGGCUAUCGACUCUUUCGGAAUUGAUCGACUUCGCACUCUCCUCUCGAAGAGUGCGGUCAUUCUUACCCCAGACACGGAAGGAUACCAGGAGAGUCUGGUGCGAUGGUCCGACACGGGCAGGAAGGAGGCUGGAAUUGUUGUUCAGCCCGUAGAAUAUGAGGAUGUCUCGAAUGUAGUCCGGUGGGCAACAGAGCACUCCAUCGAUACUGCCGUCAAGGGCGGCGGCCAUUCAACUGCAGGAACCAGCUCGAGUGAAGGUGGUCUGGUGAUUGACCUUUCUCGCAUGAAACAGGUCUCCGUCGAUGCCGCGGAGAAAACCAUUCGAGUCCAGGGCGGUGCCACCUGGAAGGAGGUCGAUGAGGCCGGCGCGGCUCACGGACUCGCGACCGUGGGAGGCACGGUCAACCAUACCGGUGUGGGGGGACUCACGCUCGGUGGCGGCUAUGGCUGGCUGAGUGGGCAGCAUGGCCUCACCAUCGACAACUUGCUGUCAGCGAAGGUGGUACUGGCUGACGGCAGCCUGGUCACUGCCUCACGCACCCAGUCUCAGGAUCUGUUCUGGGGCCUUCGGGGUGCGGGCUACAACUUUGGUGUGGUGGUGGAGUUCACAUUUCAAGCAUACGAUCAGAGUCCCCUGGUGUAUUCAGGCGUGCUCGCCUUUCCCCCGGAACAGCUGGAGAAGGUCAUUGAGGUGUUGAACAGCGGCUUGGCAAGCCCCGAUGCGCGGUCGGGGGCGAUGUGCAUCAUCACACAAGCACCCGAUGGAUCGGGCCCCAUGAUUGUGGUCAUUUGCUUCUACAAUGGCACCCGCGAAGAAGGGGAAGCUCGAUUCGCCGACCUCUUGGCCUUGACACCGAUACUGAACACCGUGGACAUGAUCCCCUACUCGGAGGUGAACACUCUCCAGAACCCGCAAGCAACGUAUGGUGAUCGCAAGUCAUUCAAGGGUGUCUUCUACGAGCCUCCACUGGACACCAACUUCAUUCGAGGUGUGUUUGACGAGUUCGUUGCCAAAGUGAACAGCGACAAGGAUCUGAUACCGUCCGCGAUCAUCCUUGAGUUCAUUGACAUGCGUAAGAUAUGCGAAGUACCUUUAUCCCAGACCGCAUUUGCAAGUCGCAAUAUGACCCAGAAUGGAAUUCUUGUGAUGCGCUGGAGUGAUGCUUCGAAAGAUUUGGACCAUCGAAAUUGGGCACGCGAGGUGCAGAAGAAGUGGAAGACCGAACUGGAUGCCAGGAAGAGAAAUACACUACACAAGAAUGAUGUUCCUCAGUAUAUCAAUUACGCAGAGCCGGGCGAUUCCCUCGUCGACAACAUAUACGGGGCGAAUUUGGCCCGCCUGCAGGAGAUCAAGGCGUAUUAUGACCCGCGGAACAUUUUCCACAAAAUGCAUCCCAUUCCUUUGCCAGCUACUGGAACUUUGGAAAAGUGA